AUGUCAGAUCUAAUAGGACGUCAAGUCGUGGUACCUGGAACAACAGGUUAUGGAAUUAUCAGAUAUUAUGGAAUCAUUCAAGGAAAAACUGGAAUGUUUGCAGGUGUCGAACUUCCUGGAUCAUUAAUUGCCAGUCGAGGUAAGAAUUCAGGUGAUGUAGCAGGAGUACAAUAUUUUGAUGUACGAAUACCAAAGAGUGGAUUGUUUCUACCAUAUGAUAGACUCAAAGCAGUCAAUCCUGAUUUGCCUGAAAGAAAUCAAAUUUCAAGAAGAUCAAUCCUGAUGAAUAAUUUACUGAGUGUUUUAAGACUGACCCUGGAAAAAAGACAAUCAAGCUACCAAAAGCCAAGAGUAUCUUCUCUCACUGAAAAGACGGGAAGUCCUCAAACUAAUAGUAGAACUCAGAGCCCCGGAUUACCUGGUUAUAAGGUUCAAAGCCCAAGAACAAGUGAUGUGUUUGUGAGUCCAAGGACAAAUAGAUCCAAUGGAGGUUUUCAAAGUCCCAACAGGAUGUCCAAUGAUAGAAAUGGCUUGUAUCAAACCGGUGGAAAUUCUUCUCUUGAUUUGAUAACGAAAUAUGAAACGGAAAUACACGAUUUGAAGCGUGUAUUACGCGAUAAAGAAAAGAGAUUGGAUCAAUUCAAUCAACAGAGAGCAGAAUGGCGUGCUGCAAUGGAUGAGCUUGUAUCAGUUCAACAAGAUGGGAUGCAAGUGUAUGAAUCCAAAAUCGAGGAAUUGAUGGAUGAAAAUAAACGCCAAGAAGAUGAGAUUAUAAAGUUGCGAACAACGCUCAGCCAAGCUCAACUGAUUCUGCAUAAUGAUGAAUUGCAAAUUGAAAAUGAACACUUAAAACGUCAAUUGGAAGAAUCUACCGAAAAGAUCAAACAAUUGGAAAAGGAGGUUGCUGAUGGGUUGUCCGUAGGCAUUCAAGGAGUAAGCAUUGACAAUUCUGACUUGAAUAAAGAAGUAGAAGAAUUAAAGAAGGAGCUUCAAGCUAGACCUCACUUAAACGAACUUCUUGAACUUCAACAUUCACUCGAUGAGCUAGAUGGUAUGUAUAAACAUACCAUACAAUCAAAAGACACACUUAUCAAUGAACUUCAAGAAGAAAUCAAACAACUAAAAGAGAAUCAAGGACCAUUGUCUGCAGAUACAGCCGCAACAAGUGUUAGUCCCGCUUCAGGUGCCAUAUACUCAUCCCCAGGAUUACCAAUAUAUCAUGCACCAGGCGCUAUAGAUCCUAGCAGUGGGAAGAAUGAUUGGUGUGGUUUAUGUGAGCGAGAGGGGCAUACCAGUAUCAAUUGUCCUUAUGAAAAUGAUAUCUUUUAG